AUGUCUUGUGAAGCAAAAUCCGAAAUCCCCUUUCCAGCUACUCAGUCUUCAAAUUCAAAGAAUCAAUGGGUACAUAAGCACGUCAAAACAUCCUUAUGCCUUUUGUCUAUGUCUCUGUUUUUUGUUCUUCUUAAAGGACCAGAAUAUUUUGUUCCUUCUGCUCUCUGGACUUCAGAGCGAAAAGCGCACUUUGUUCUAACUCAUUUCCCUCUAAUCGAUGGUCAUAAUGAUUUUCCUACAUUUAUUCGUGAAAAAUAUGAUAAUAAAUUGGCCGACAGAGACCUUCACCAUGCCACUGGUCAUACGGAUAUUCAGCGCCUAAGAACCGGCCAUAUGGGAGGACAAUUUUGGUCUGGCUUUGUUGAAUGUCCUCCACUAGUUUCAGAUAGCAAUCUUGCAUGGAACAGAUCUGGUGAACAUGAAGCUGUACAACAAACCUUGCAACAACUUGAUAUAAUCAAGCGUAUGAUAGAAAAAUAUCCUCAAGAUUUUUCUUUGACUACCAAACACGACCAAGUAAAGUAUAACUUCUUACAGAAGCGCAUUUCUAGUAUGAUUGGUAUAGAAGGUCUGCACCAAAUUGCUGGUAGUCCAUCUAUUUUACGACGCUACUAUGAAAUGGGUGUGCGCUAUGCCACGCUUGCUCACAAUUGCGACAAUGUUUUUGCUGAUGCUGCUGUUGGCGGUAAACAAGUCAAUGGCGGAUUGUCAGAAGCGGGACGAGCUUUGAUUCGUGAAAUGAAUCGCCUUGGUAUGAUUGUUGAUUUGUCCCAUGUGACGCCUGAAGUUAUGCAUCAAACUUUAGACAUUUCUGUUGCACCAGCUUUUUUCUCUCACAGCUCUGCCAAAGCUGUUCACAAUCAUCCAAGAAAUGUUCCGGACGACGUCCUUUUAAGAGUCAAGGAAAGUGAUGGAGUCGUAAUGGUCAACUUUUAUCCAAACUUCAUUAGUCCAACACCUGGGAAUACUACUUUGGAGACUGUCGUUGAGCAUAUUCAACAUAUAGCUAAAGUGACAGGCUCCUAUCGUCAUAUCGGACUCGGUGCCGACUUUGAUGGCAUUGAAUCCGUUCCAAGAGGUCUCGAAGAUGUUUCCAAGUACCCUGCUUUGUUUACAAGGUUAGCUGAUUUAGGGCUUUCUAUCAAAGAUCUUAUAAACAUCGCCGGAGGUAAUAUCUUGCGCGUUUGGAAAGCCACCGAAGAGGCAUCUCACAAAGUACAGGAACCACUACUUGAAUGGGAAGACGAACUUGGCAAAUGA